ACGUGACAGGAAUAACGCAGACGUGCUGCUCGGGCUCCAGUCGGUUCCUGGAAGAAGCUGCAGAGUCCGCCAGCAGCCGACCCGCAAGAAUCCCGAAAGAUGGCACACGAAGCCCCGUUCCAGCUGUUACACAGCGAGCUCAUCCACUACAUCUGCAAGACCGCCGACGGCGCAGACUCGGAAAAUGGACGAAGUGUCACCAAACUGGAAAAUAUGGGCUUCAGAGUCGGCCAAGGGCUGAUAGAGAGGUUAACUAAAGACACGGCGCGCUUCAAAGAUGAGCUGGACGUCAUGAAGUUCAUCUGCAAAGAUUUCUGGACCUGUGUCUUCAAGAAGCAAAUAGACAACCUGCGAACGAACCACCAGGGCAUAUAUGUUCUCCAGGACAACAAGUUCCUGUUAUUGUGCCACAUGUCAGCUGGAAAACAGUAUCUGGAACAUGCUCCAAAGUAUCUGGCCUUCACCUGCGGCCUGGUCAGAGGAGCUCUGUCCAACAUGGGGGUGAAGAGCAUCGUGACAGCGGAAGUGUCCGUCAUGCCAGCAUGUAAAUUCCAAGUCAUGAUCCAAAAACUGUAGAAGUUGUCAUGAUUGACCAAGAUGACCAUCAUCAGGAGAACAUCUGCAUCCAGUUGGUUUAUAGACUACUUUCAAAAGUGGACAAAUAACUUCUGCCAAUAAGAAUUAAUAGAUGGCGGUGAUUAAAAAAGGUCUUUCAUAUUUUUGCUUUGCUGCCCUCUGGUGGUUCCUAGUCAGAGGGGAUGUCACUGGAACCAGUUUUUAAGCACUUAAAGAUUCUCAUGUGAUUCAGAAAAUAGUAAGAUGUAAUGAUUUAUAAACAAGGGAUGAGAUGGAGAAGCAAAUUAAAAGCUGCAAUGAAGCUCAAAAGUCCUGAAUGCCUUGGGGGACUCUUGAAUGUUGAUUAAAAAUUGGAGGAAGUUAUUGUCAGUAAAGAAGCUGGCAUUGUAAUUAUGUAGAUAAAAGUUCAUUUUUUCCGUUGGUUUGGAAAAAACAACCUAAAUGAGCUAAUGUGUGUCUCAGUGUGUCCCACUGUCAACGUUUAUUUCUUUUUUGGGUGUUGCUUGUCAGGCUGUCAGGCCUCGCUGACCUGCAGCAGUGUGUAUCAGCCAGACAGAAUACUGCUUAUUAUCUCUAUCCUUCAGUUCAAUCUUUGGGUUGAUGAGGUUUCAUUGCAGAUUGAGUUUUCUUUUUGUAGAAAUUUCUCUUUGAACCUGCAAAUGGGAUCCACACAUUCCUCAUAAAGCAAAAAAGCGUGACACAAUAUGGACCAUGUCGUCCACAUGCUCAGUGUUGCUUUUGUGUGACUAUAUUAUUGACGUUGGUAAAUGAGGAAUAAAAACCUUUUUAAAGAAA